AGUCAUCCCAGGAGGGGCUGUUUGAAUCAGCUUGGAUGAGAGCAGGAUAUGCCUGCUCUGUCCUUCUCUGGACCUCCUCUGAGGGAUCCAGCUGGAUGGGGCAUGUCCUGAGGAGGAGGCCAGGCAUCCAGAAGCUGGCAUCUGGAGCCAGAGUCUGCAUCCCUUGGGAGUAGCCAGACACUUGGGAUGAGGAGGCAUAGCCUAUGAGGAGGAGCCUGAGGGAGGAAUGUGCCAGGCUAUCCUGGAGCCGGGGGACAGGUACGGGGUUGUAUUUUGUACAUUGAGCCUCUCUCCCAGUGGCUUCCUGAGGCAGAUACAUCCGAGCUCCACAUCGCUCAGGAAGAAACUGCUUCCAUGUCCACAGUCUGAUCCACUUCCUUCCAUAGUCCUGGGAGUUGGCAUGAUGGUAGCCAUGUGUCCAAUUCGUAUAUGAGGAAACUGAGGCUCUAAGAGGCUCGAUGACUUAUUCAAGGCAACACAGCCCGAGUCUGGGAGGACAGGAUUGGGGUAGCUUUUCCCGGUGAGUGGGGCCUGAGUCUGGCCAUUCUUGGCUGCAGGACAAGGCUGGUCCCUGGGAGGCUCCCCAUGCACGUAGAGUCCUUGCUCUGCUCUGGGCCUGGGUCCCAGCCUGUCUGUCCGUCCUUCUGUUUGCCCAUGUGGCCCCUAGUUCCUUGCUGAGUCGUUUCUACAAAGCAUCUCCUGAGGCCUCGGCUUGGGGAGGGUCUGGAGAGAGCCCCUAGAGGGAGUGGGUCCUGCACAGGACACACAGCCCAGCCCAGCAGGCAGCUGCAGGCUGCUGGACAGGUGACUACGUGGGAAGUUCAAACUUGACCUUUCUGCAAUCAGGUUCCCAUGGCGGCCAGGGGGUGCAGGCCCCACCCCCCAUUCUAGAGUCCACGAACACUGAGACCUAAAGGCACACAGUGCACGUGAACACACUUACACACGCAUGUAUAUCUCACCAACAGAUUUUUGUUUCCAUGCAGAUGGCUCCUAUGUGUGGAUCCCCACACACACAGACACACACCCACCCCAGGCCCACAGCCCUGCUCGCACACGUUCUCUCACUUGCGGACACAUGCCCUCACACGCACAGCCUCACACGCCAGGCCCUGUCGCCUGGACACGAGGCAGAAACCUGGGGCCUCCCUGGGGCCGCCUCCCGCGCAGACGUGCUUAGUCACCUGAAUUUGAUCCAGGCGGGAGGGAGGGUGGAGGGCCUGACGUCAGCCCUCACAGCCGCCUGUGCCGCCUGCGCAUCCAUCUGGGCCACAGCGUGUCCCAGGCAAUCACAACAACAGCAGCACAACAACAACUCACUUUUACGAGGCUUCCUUAGUGGCAGGGCCAGUUCUGAGCCCAGCGGGGCGUUCACUCCUUUACUCCUCACCACCACCUGGGGAGGUGUGGGUGCUGUUAACCCCCUUCUGCAGAUGAGGAGAACCCAGGCAUGGAGGUGCUGUCACCUGCCUGCGGCUCACGGCCAGGAAGGGGCGGAGCCUGGCAGCCUGGCUUCAGAGCCUCGACCCCAAACCAGGUUCCCAAUAAGGCUGCCCAGAGGACCCCCUUGACUGUGGCAAUGGAGGGGGGCUCAGCGCUCUGCUGCCAGGACCCUCGGGCAGAGUUGGUGGAGCGAGUGGCAGCCAUCGAUAUGGCCCACUUGGAGGAGGCGGAUGGCAGCCCAGAGCCUGCCAGGAAUGGUGUGGACCCUCCGCCCCGGGCCAGAGCUGCCUCCGUGAUCCCUGGCGGUGCUUCAAGACCCCCCCCAGCCCGGCCCAGCCUCUCAGCUAGGAAGUUCUCCUUGCAGGAGCGGCCAGCGGGAAGCUGUCUGGAGGCCCGGGCUGGGCCUUAUGCCACAGGGCCUGCCAGCCAUAUCUCCCCACGGGCCUGGCGGAGGCCCACCAUCGAGUCCCACCAUGUGGCCAUCUCGGACGCAGAGGACUGUGUGCAGCUCAACCAGUACAAGCUGCAGAGUGAGAUUGGCAAGGGUGCCUAUGGCGUGGUGCGGCUGGCCUACAAUGAAAGUGAAGACAGGCACUAUGCAAUGAAAGUUCUUUCCAAGAAGAAGUUACUGAAGCAGUAUGGCUUUCCACGUCGCCCUCCCCCGAGAGGGUCCCAGGCUACCCAGGGAGGACCAGCCAAGCAGCUGCUGCCCCUGGAGCGGGUAUACCAGGAGAUUGCCAUCCUGAAGAAGCUGGACCACGUGAAUGUGGUCAAGUUGAUUGAGGUCCUGGAUGACCCAGCUGAGGACAAUCUCUAUUUGGUGUUUGACCUCCUGAGAAACGGGCCAGUCAUGGAGGUGCCCUGUGACAAGCCCUUGCCUGAGGAGCAAGCCCGCCUCUACCUGCGGGACAUCAUCCUGGGCCUUGAGUACUUGCACUACCAGAAGAUCAUCCACAGGGACAUCAAGCCGUCCAACCUGCUCCUGGGGGACGAUGGCCAUGUGAAGAUUGCCGACUUUGGCGUCAGCAACCAGUUUGAGGGGAACGACGCUCGGCUGUCCAGCACGGCUGGGACCCCAGCGUUCAUGGCCCCCGAGGCCAUUUCUGAUUCCGGCCAGAGCUUCAGCGGGAAGGCCCUGGAUGUGUGGGCCACUGGGGUCACGCUGUACUGCUUUGUCUAUGGGAAGUGCCCGUUCAUCGAUGAUUACAUCCUGGCCCUGCACAGGAAGAUCAAGAAUGAGGCCGUGGUGUUUCCCGAGGAGCCAAAGGUGAGCGAGGAGCUCAAGGACUUAAUCCUGAAGAUGCUAGACAAGAAUCCUGGAACAAGAAUUGGGGUGCCAGACAUCAAGUUGCACCCCUGGGUGACCAAAAAUGGGGAGGAGCCCCUUCCCUCCGAGGAGGAGCACUGCAGCAUGGUGGAGGUGACCGAGGAGGAGGUGAAGAACUCGGUCAAGCUCAUCCCCAGCUGGACCACGGUGAUCCUGGUCAAGUCCAUGCUGAGAAAGCGUUCCUUUGGGAACCCGUUUGAGCCCCCGGCGCGGAGGGAAGAGCGAUCUAUGUCUGCUCCCGGAAGCUUACUGUCGUCCCUCUGCCCCUGGUGUCCCCUGAACAGGAAAGACGGGUGUGGCGAAGGGGGCAAGAGCCCAGAGCUCCCCGGCGUCCAAGAAGACGAGGCUGCGUCCUGAGCCCCCGCAUGCGCCCAGGGCCGCCCAGCAGCACGCUCAUCCCGCGCCUCCAAAGGCCCGCUGCCCUCAUGCCGAUGGCUGCCCCCGCGGGCAGGGGGCUGGGGACCGUGGCCCCUCUCCCGGCCCCCCUCCCCUUGUCGUGCAGCAUGACCUCCGCACGCGUGUCCAGGGACAGGAUUGGAAUGUGUGUCGUCUGGGGUUUGAAGGGCAGGGCUCCCACAGGCCUGUCUCCACAGCCUGGCUCUGCCUGGCGGGACCCAUCCUGGGGGAAAGUUAGGUGCCCGUGGUGCCUUAGAAACCCCAGCUGGCUGGUUGGCAAGGCCCAGGGGCAGGAGGCAGGAAACCAAGACGGCGGGUGGAGGCUGGCUUCCCACCGAUGCAGAGGCCUCCUGCUGGGGGCCAGGCUCAGCUGCCACACGCACAUGGAGGGGUGGACCCUGCCCAGCUCGGGGGGUGCUGUCAGAGCUCUGGUCUGCCGAGAAUGCUGAUAUGGAGUCUCUGAGCCCUCGAUGGGUGUUCCUGGGCCUCACUGGGGCGGGGGCCAGUAUUGGAGAAUUCAGAUUCCUUCUUUGUUGUCUUUUACUUUUGUUUUUAAUUUGAGGGGGUGGGUGCAAAGCCCUGCUUGGGAACAUGUACCCAGCUCUCCUACAGCUUUGGGUGGUUCCACCACACCCCACCAUUAUCUGGCUGCCAGGAGGCCCGGACUGACCUCCCUGGAUUGUGUUUCAUACUCGGCACUGUCCAGAGAGUGGGCUGAACUGAAGCUCUGAGCAGAGGCUUGAACCAGGAGCACCACACCUCCCUGCCCACCUCCCUUCAUGGCUCCCCACAGCCUUGGCUGCAGAAGAGACACCAGGGGCUGACACUGACGGAGGGCCCAGGCCUCACAGGGCUGUGGCCUUGCAGAUGUGGAAGUAACUGGAAUCUAAUCUCCAAUCCUACACUGGCCUACCAAAACGGCCCCAGAAAUGGCUUUCACAUUCCUACGGUGAAGACUGACUGCCCAGGUUGGAGGCAGCGCCAGAAGCGGGACCCUGGUGGGGUGUGGGCCAUGGGGACGUGGGCCUCCCACCGCCCCCCAGGACAGUUGCCAUUUGGCCUGCUCAGAGCAGGAGCGCUGGAGCACGCGUGUCGACCCAGCCAUGCUGGAGCAGACAUCACCUUCACUUUGGGACCAGUGCCUGGCUGGCUGGCUUGGCGUUUACUGACCAAAUACUCAAGAGAUUGACCCCAAAGGAAAAUAAAUCAGGACUCAGAUACCUCCCUUGAAAACAUGGGCCAAACAAGGGAUUUCAGUCCCCCACGUGGGUUUCAUAUUGCAAGAGAACUUGUGUUGAGAAGGAAAGGGAGGCUGGGCUGGAGGAGUGCCCUCGUCCCGCGCAUCUCUGUGCCUGUGGGUGUACGUCGCGCCUCCGCGCACACGCAUGUGCGUGCCCAUCUGCUGCACACAGCACACUCGCAUGUCUUGCACUGGCACAUGCAUCUGUAAUAUAGUUUCUCUGUCUACUUAAGGCUAUGAGCAGAAUACGGCCCGUUGUCAAUGGGUCCACACUUCUCCCUGGCUCCUCUGCACUGAGGCACUGUAACCCAGGGCUUAACAAAUAAUUCGGGACUCUUUUUAAGAACACUUUUAUAGAGUUCAUGGGAGGCCAGUCACAGAUCUGCAUGUUGUUCUUGAGCUUCUCUGCACUGGGCCUGGAGGGUGGGGGUUUCAGGGGACUCCCUUGGCUAGACCUGCCCUGGCAGAGCUCAAAGGUGGGCCCGGCUCCAUUGCCUGUGCUAGAGCCGGGAUGGGGUGCUCACUCGGUUGCUGAGGGUUUUAGUUAGCAUCGUUGUUUUUGUAUGUAGCACAAGUGAUGAAGAAACUCCAUAAGAGUGUUUUAAAAAUUAACUUCCCAGGAAGUGAGUUAAAAACAAUAAAAGCCCUUUCUUGAGUUAAAAAAA